GAUGGGUCUUGUCUUUCAGAGAGCGAGUUGUAGCUAUGGAAAUGCUUGAGCUGCUGCAUUUUGUGUUCCCUGCGCAUCUAGUUUUAUGGCCCAGUUCAUAUGGUCACGACCCCACCUGGAACAGCUAGUCUGCUCACAACGACAAUGUCCGUAUCAACCUUUUGAUUUUUGUCAGAAUAGAAACUCUGGUAUCGUUCUCCUCAACAAGUUUAGUAUCGCGCACACAUUGAUCAACACAUUCGGCAGAGAACGAACAAUUAUACUCAGCGUCAAUGGAGUCUCUCGGGUAAUUGGAAGCAACAAGUUGUAGGCUAAAAACUUGCUGGCAGAAUUUCAACGGGCGCAAAGGAGAUCCUCACUGAGUACCUAUCCUUGCUCAAAAGCUGAGGGACAACACGUACAAUUCAGGCACCUAUGGCAGUGCUUCCUGUCGCAACCCAAAAAUAUAAAAACGGGAAGAUUCUACACAAGGAAUCUCACAUCGACAGACGUGAGAUGAAUAGAUGGAAUUCUUAUAUAUCUAAAGGGGAUACGUGUGAUAAAUGAGGUGUCUGUUAUCAGUUGUCAGUCUUCGUACCCCUGAGCCUUUCCCUUACCACCUUGAGCACGCUGUGCUCACUGGUUGCCUUUAUUGAUUGCUGCGUCUUCACAUCCUGUUGUUUUAGAAAUGCAGGUUUCCAGCUGCGGUGAAUUCUGCGACUGGGUUUGUAUGCUGCUGGAGUUUGGAUGCUGCUAAAAAAAAAGCUUGCCAUCCCGUUUGGUGGUCCUGCAGGGAUUCGAAACUCAACCUGACUUCUAUUGAAUGAGAGCAUUACUUCAGGAAUUGAAGACAACGGAGCUGGAGAUUGUGGGUUAGGAUUGACGUUGUGAGAAAUUCUAUUCCAUCAUGUAUAUUGUGGAGAACAAAGGGCCGGCCAUAGCACUCAUGUUAGGGGCGCUGGUGUUUCUGGGGACAUGGCCUGCGAUUAUGAACUUGGUGGAGAGAAGGGGCCGCCAUCUGGUGCACACCUACUUAGACUACAGCAUCACCAAUUUCCUGGCUGGUUUAUUGAUUGCUCUCACCUUGGGCCAGAUUGGCAGCAGCACGCCCGAACAGCCCAAUUUCAUCACCCAGCUGCAUCAGGACAAUUGGCCAUCAGUUGGGUUUGCGUUGGCUGGUGGGCUGGUGCUCUUCAUGGGCAACUUGGCGUGCCAGUAUGCAUGGCCGUUCGUGGGGCUCUCCGUUACCGAAGUGGUCUCUGCAAGCAUCACGGUUGUGGCAGGAACCACCAUGAAUUAUUUUUUAGACGAUCGGAUCAAUCGAGCGGAGGUUUUGUUUCCAGGUGUGGGCUGUUUCUUGAUAGCUGUGUGGUUAGGGGCAUGGCUGCUCAAGUCCAACUCUGCCGACAAUGCUGCAAAGCUGCAAGCUCAUCACAAGAUUGGAACGAACAGCGAACCUGAUCCUGAAAGCGUAGUCCGGGACUCAGCAGAUUUCAUAGCAGAGGAGCCGGUUAAAGCUCUCCCAGGAAGUGGUGCAUACUUGCAACAAUUAGAGGAACAAAGAGCACUAAAGUCGAGCGGAGCCAGCACCAUAUUCGGACUAGCAAUUGUGGUGUUUGCGGGGAUAUGCUUCUCCCUGUUCUCACCUGCCUUCAACAUCGCCACCAACGAUCAGUGGCAUAUGCUGAAGCCUGGUGUGCCCCACCUGGUGGUGUACACCGCCUUCUUCUGGUUCAGUCUCAGUGCUUUCGUCGGAGCCAUGUCGAUCAACAUUUUCUUCAUGUACCACCCCAUCUUAGGACUGAAGAAAACUUCCUUCAAGGCCUAUAUUAGUGACUGGAACGGCAGGAAAUGGGCAUUCCUGGCGGGUUUUCUAUGCGGUCUAGGCAACGGCCUGCAGUUCAUGGGAGGCCAGGCUGCAGGCUAUGCCGCUGCAGACGCAGUUCAGGCGUUGCCACUUGUGAGCACAUUCUGGGGCAUAUUGGUAUUCAAGGAAUACUACAGAUCGUCGAGGAGAACGUAUGUUUUGUUGGUGGCGAUGCUGGUGAUGUUCUCGGCAGCAGUGGGCAUUCUCGCAGGCUCUGCUGGUCACAGAAAAGCUGAUUAGGUUCACAAGUGUACAUGUAUUAUUCCAUGGUUUUGAAAGGAGGGUUGAAUUAGUUUUCUGUUAUAAUUUUCUAUUUUCUAUUUUCUAUUUUUUUUCUAAAAGGAAUAAUUGGAUUGCCUUAUUUUUUUUAAUUUUUUUUAAGAAAAGAGCAUCUGAAAGAA